UGAAAAUCUGAAGUCAGAUUGAUGCGAAAACUGUGGAGAGGGCGGAAUAACAUUUUGAACGGAUAAUAAAAUCUGAAAACACACACUCAAAACAAAAGCGCAAAGCAAGCCUUUGUGGCGAAGAAACCGUUACAUGUCAUCGUCUUUGGUAUCUUUCUAUUUCCUCCCUAUUCAGUUUUAUUGUUCCUGUAAGUUAGCAGAGUGAAUGUGAGCUCGGCGGCAAUGGCGGCGAAGCUAUAUACCUGUUUUUUGAGCCAUGGAUUGAUUGGAUUGAACGCCAAGAAUUCCAAUUUGUGCAAUGCUGAUUUCUCUCGUCAUUAUCAUCGAUUGCCUCCUGCAUCUUGUAAAAUUCGCCAGCGUAAUAUCAGUUCUCAACCUAAGCGCCGCCAGGUGAAGAAAACCUCUCCCGAGAAACUCCGUAUUGAUGCAAACCUGGAACCAAAUGACGAAACAGAUGUUGAGUUUGGGAAUGCUUUAAUCAACGAUGUCUCAAGCUCUAAACAAGGGAAAGAGAGUGACACUGAUAACAAUGAAGUCAACAAGGACGAGAAUGCGAAUAAUUUGGAUAACUUGACAAUGUUAGAUAAAGAAAUUCUGAUGUUGCCACCACCACGUCACAACAAUGCAACUCAACUAAACAACACCAUGAUGGCACAUAUUGAUGGUUUUAGUGUUGAUCCUAAAUCUUUGUCCUUGAACUUAGUUGGUGCGGAGCAGCUAUCAUCUCUACAAUUUGAUGAUUUAAUCAACAUGAUAAGGAGUGCUGAGAAAAAUGUUCUCCUCCUCAAUCAAGCUCGGAUUCGAGCACUUGAAAAUUUGGAGAAGAUUCUCCAGGAGAAGGAGAUGCUGCAAGGAGAAAUUAAUGUCCUGCAGUUAAAACUCGCAGAAACUGAUACAAAAAUCCAAGUUGCUUCCCAGGAGAAGAUACAGGUUGAGCACCUUCAAAAACAAUUGGAGAAGACGAGGAAGGAAUUUUCUCAGAAUGAUGCUGAAGUACGUGAAAUUUCUAGCAACGAAGAUCCUCAGUCAUUGAGCAGUGAUUUUUAUAGUCAAAGCAAGGAACUUAGUUCACUUAAGGCAGAGAAUAUUUCUUUGAAGGAUGAUAUAAAUACUCUUAGAGCUGAACUUAGUAAUUUUAACAUAACAGAUGGACAAGUGACUUCACUGCAGAAGGAGCGUUCAAGUUUGCAUUCCACUGUGAAGGAUUUGGAGUUCAAACUUGCAACAUCUCAGGAGGAUGUAACUAAACUCUCUACCCUGCAAUACGAAUAUAAUAUUUUGUGUGAGGAAGUACAGAAAUUGCAAGCAUUGCUUGAUAAUGCAACCAAGAAAGCUGAACACGCUAUAAUAGUCUUGCAGCAAAACCAGGAACUUUGUAAAAAGGUGGAGAGGUUAGAAGAAUCUCUUGCCGAAGCAAAUGAUUUUAAGCAGUCGACAGAGAAAAUGCAACAAUACAAUGAAUUAAUGCAGCAAAAAGUAAAGCUGUUGGAGGAGCGCCUUGGAAGGUCCGAUGAAGAGAUAAACUCUUAUGUUCUCAUGUAUCAAGAAUCAAUGAAGGAAUUUCAAGAUACGCUUAGUAAUUUGAAAAAAGAGAAUGAGGAGAGGGCUGUAGAGGGACCUGUCGAUGAUUUGCCCUGGGAAUUUUGGAGUCAAAUGCUGCUAAUAAUCGAUGGAUGGUUGCUUGAGAAAAAAUUGUCAUCAAAUGACGCAAAGAUGUUAAGAGAAAUGGUGUGGAAGAGAGAACGUUCUAUCUGUGAUGCAUACUUGGAAUGUAAGGAGAAGAGUGAACGUGAAAUGUUGCCUAAAUUUUUGAGUCUGACAUCUACACCUACACGGUCUGCUUUACAUGUCAUUCACAUUGCAGCAGAGAUGGCACCAGUUGCAAAGGUUGGAGGUCUUGGAGAUGUGGUGACUGGUCUCAGUAAAGCACUUCAGAAGAAAGGGCACCUCGUGGAAAUUGUUCUUCCUAAAUAUGAUUGUAUGCAGUAUGAUCUCAUCCAUAACUUACGGGCUUUGGACGUGGAAGUAGAGUCAUAUUUUGAUGGACAACUAUACAAGAACAAGAUAUGGGUUGGCGCAGUUGAAGGUCUUCCUGUCUACUUCAUUGAGCCAUACCACCCAGAUAAAUUAUUCUGGAGGGGACAAUAUUAUGGGGAGAAUGAUGAUUUUAAGCGGUUCUCAUUUUUCAGUCGUGCAGCACUAGAAUUAAUUCUUCAAGCUGGGAAGAAGCCAGACAUAAUACAUUGCCAUGAUUGGCAGACAGCUUUUGUUGCACCAUUGUAUUGGGAUCUUUAUGCGUCAAAGGGACUAAAUUCAGCAAGGAUUUCUUUCACAUGCCACAACUUUGAGUAUCAAGGCACUGCUCCAGCUCGUGAAUUGGCUUCGUGUGGUCUUGAUGUUUCCCAGCUCAACAGGCCAGACAGGAUGCAGGACAAUUCUGCUCAUGAUAGGAUUAAUGCUGUCAAGGGUGCAGUGGUGUUCUCCAACAUUGUAACAACAGUGUCACCCACCUAUGCGCAAGAGGUUCGGACUCCCGAGGGUGGAAAAGGACUUCACACGACACUUAAUACUCACUCUAAAAAGUUUAUAGGAAUCCUUAAUGGGAUUGAUACAGACACAUGGAAUCCUGCUACUGAUUCACGUAUCGAGGUGCAAUAUAAUUCAGGCGAUCUUCAGGGAAAAGCAGCGAAUAAGCAAGCGCUAAGAAGGCAUCUUGGACUUCUUCUUUCAGACUCUACACGGCCUUUGGUUGGUUGCAUUACAAGGCUCGUUCCGCAAAAGGGGGUACACUUGAUAAGACAUGCUAUUUAUAGGACUAUAGAACUUGGAGGACAAUUUGUUCUUCUUGGGUCCAGUCCCGUGCAUCAUAUUCAGAGAGAAUUUGAGGGUAUUGCGAACCAGUUUCAGCAUCAUGAUAAUGUUCGGCUGAUACUGAAAUAUGAUGAAUUACUUUCUCGUUCAAUUUAUGCGGCAUCUGAUAUAUUCAUCAUUCCAUCUAUCUUUGAGCCAUGUGGACUUACACAGAUGAUAGCAAUGAGAUAUGGGGCUAUACCUGUUGUGAGAAAGACUGGUGGCUUGAAUGACAGUGUUUUCGAUGUUGAUGAUGAGACAAUACCACAUCAGUUCCGUAACGGAUUUACAUUCUUGUCCCCUGAUGAACAGGGUUUUAACGGUGCUUUAGACCGUGCCAUACAGUACUACAAAAAUGAUAGAGAGACUUGGGAACAGCUUGUCCAGAAGGUUAUGAGUAUGGAUUUUAGCUGGGAAUCUUCAGCUGAGCAGUAUGAAGAACUUUAUGCGAAGUCGGUGACUAGAGCGAAGGCUACAAAACGUGUUUGAUUUCUUUAACCACAGUUGUAUACAGCAAUUUAAUUUAGCAUGCAAGGAUUACUACUACAUCAAUUACAGCCAUAAAAGCCAGACAUGCUGACUUGUUGUGUUGAGGUCACAUCCUUUGCAGACAUAUUCGAGAGUGAUCUUUGUGAUGAAGUUACUUAACAAUUCAACAAAUCCUGGGAACUACUCGGCUGAUCAAAAGAGAUGCAUAUCAUUAUUUUCAAGGAGCUUGUCUUCUUGAUGAACAAUAAUAAGUUAAACAGAGGAAUGCUUGUUUUGUAUCUGUACAGAUUUAUAUCUCUUAUAUUUGUAGAUUAAGGUUUUGCUUUUUCUUUAGCGGAGGCGGGGAAGUAUAGCACUUUGUACAUAAUACUCAAAUGAAAGAAGAACGAACUGUUUGAUACUUAA